AUGGGGGACAAUGGCUAUCGGUGCCGAUGGACCAUCAUGGGUGGACGACACCCCAACGGGGCGUCCGAGUGGAAGGAAACUUGGUGGGAGAAGAGCGAUUGGACGGGGUACAAGGAGCUGGGCGCGGAGAAGUCGGGCAGAAACGAUCAAGGAGAUAGCUGGUGGGAGACGUGGCAAGAAGUAUACGUUGUGGAUAACUGGAGCGGCAUUCCGAGAAUAGAAAGAAGCGCGCAUAAACAAGCCAAAUCAAGACAAGAAAACGUCUGGAAUGAAAAAUGGUGGGAGAAGUACAACGGUAAGGGGUGGACGGAGAAGGGGUCGCACAAGUACGGGCGGUCCAACGACCAGUCGUGGUGGGAGAAGUGGGGCGAGCAGUACGACGGCCAGGGCAUGGUGCUCAAAUGGACGGACAAGUGGGCGGAGAAGGAUGACGGCACUAAGUGGGGCGACAAGUGGGAGGAACGGUUCACGUCGGGUGUGGGGCACAGACAAGGGGAAACCUGGCACGUAGAGAACUCAGGCUCCCGCUGGUCGAGAACAUGGGGCGAGGAGCACUUUGGGGAUGGGAUGGUGCACAAGUAUGGGAGGAGCACGAGCGGUGAACAGUGGGAUGUGGUGGUGGCAGAGCCAACAUACUAUGAGGGGAAGCCACACUACGGCUGGGAUGAAGCUGUGGCCAACUCCUCACAACUGCUAUCCAUUGAGAUCAGGGACCGCACAGAACCCAUCUCCCGUCGUGCCUCCACUGACAUGACGUGUGACAAUGGGCAGCCACUGGCGUCGCGUCAUCUCGAAUUCAGCUUCCACAUGGAGGAAGUUGUGGAUAUUUUCACACCCAAGGACAUGCUUGGUGGGGAAGCAGCCGUGGAUGCACUUAGUGACGCAGCUAGCCAGGCGGACAAGGCUCUGAGCAGAGGGCAAUUCACAGCCAAGAACGCGUCAGGCAGAGUGGUGCAGAGCGGCAAGUUCAUCGCGCUGUGGGAGGUGAGCCCUGCAGGCAAGCCCUCCUGUGGUGUGGCAUCUGGAGCGACUGGGAAGGAGUGCAGUGGGAGGGGCGAGGGACGAAGGGCGCUGGUGGAGGAACCCGUGAGCUGCACUGGUGGGUACCAGGACAUUCUGCAUAAACGACCCAGGGUGGCAGUGCUGCUGCGGGCGAGGCAGCAUGUGGUGCACCGCCAUGCCGCACUCGGGCUGCCCUCCCUUGCAUCGCUGCUCUCCCGCCUGCUGCCCUCCCUGUGUCAUGCCCCACAGGGUGGCACACAGCUGCUCUCCACGAGCAGCGACGAGCACAGCUCGUCUGCCAGCUCCCAUGCAUCUCAAUAG